AUGUCCUCGACUGACUACGCCAUCUCGCUGGCCAGUGUGCAGGCCGCCGCGGAGCGGAUCGAUGGCUUUGCGCACCGCACGCCUGUGCUCACGUGUCACGCGCUAGAGACUAUUGCGUCAGAGAACGGAGCUCCCAAGCGCUUGUUUUUUAAGUGUGAGAACCUCCAAAAGGUGGGGGCGUUCAAGUAUCGCGGUGCAUUGAACGCCGUCAAGAAGUUUCUGCAGGAGAAAGGAGAGAAUGGCAAGACAGACACGACGUUCGUCACGCACUCGAGUGGUAACCACGCGCAAGCUUUGAGUCUUGCGGCCAGGGAUGCCAACUGUAAGGCGGUGAUUGUUAUGCCCAACAACGCGCCGAGUGUCAAGCAGAACGCCGUUCGUGGCUACGAAGCUGAAGUGAUUCUGUGUGAACCGACCAAUGAGGCCCGCGAGAAGGCUGCGAACAACGUGGUGGAGGCGACCGGUGCUCGCUUUGUGCAUCCUUCGAAUGAUCCGGACGUCAUGAGCGGCCAGGGUACAGUCGCCCUGGAGCUGCUGGAGCAGGCUAAACAGGAAUAUGGCGUGGAGCUGGACGCUAUCCUGGUGCCAAUUGGAGGCGCGGGUCUCUGCUCGGGUGUUGCCAUGGCUGCGAAGUCUCUUCAACCGGGUAUCAAGGUCUUUGCCGUGGAGCCCAAGGGUGCAGCCGAUGCCUACAAUUCCUUCCAGAAGCGUGAGCUGAUGGGCCAUACCGGUCCUGUGAAUACCGUGGCCGAUGGUCUUCGGACGACACUGGGUAACAACAAUUGGCCUGUUGUGCGUGACUUUGUGGACGAGAUCUUACUUGUGUCCGACGACGAGAUCGUGUCAGCCAUGAAGCUGAUCUGGGAACGCAUGAAGCUGGUUGUGGAGCCCAGUGGAGCAGUAGCGACGGCUGCCGUCCUCGCUCACAAGUUGCCGGCGGGGAUCACCAACGUCGGCGUCGUGUUUUCCGGUGGUAACGUGGACUUGGAGAAACUACCAUGGAUUCCGGCGUAA